AAUGGGUGGGGCAAGGUGACGUAUACCGCAUACGUCUUGUGUGCCCCGCCCCGUUCCGCUCCCGGCAGCUUUCGUGUUCUGCUUCUCACUCGCUUUCGCCUUUUUUUCCUGUCAGCCGCUCGUUCAGCAGCGGAGCAGCAAGAUGGCGGGCCGGCCUAUGCAAGCUGCGCGAUGCCCCACGGACGAUCUCUCCUUGAGCAACUGCGCUGUGGUUAAUGAAAAGGACUUUCAGUCUGGCCUGCAUGUCAUUGUAAGGACCUCACCAACCCACAAAUAUAUUUUUACACUGAGGACCUAUACAUCGGUUGUUCCAGGCACUAUUGCUUUCAGUUUACCACAGAGGAAAUGGGCUGGACUUUCUAUUGGGCAAGAAAUAGAUGUUUCCUUGUAUAACUUUGAUAAGACCAAGCAGUGCAUUGGUACUAUGACCAUCGAAAUAGACUUUCUACAGAAGAAGAAUGUUGACUCCAACCCUUAUGACUCCGACAAAAUGGCGGGAGAGUUCAUCCAGCAUUUCAACAACCAGGCAUUCACAGUUGGGCAGCAGUUUGUGUUUAACUUCAAUGACAAACUUUUUGGCCUCUUGGUCAAGGACAUUGAAGCCAUGGAUCCCAGCAUCCUCAAAGGAGAGCCUGCCUCAGGCAAAAAACAGAAGAUUGACGUUGGUCUUGUGGUUGGGAACAGUCAAGUUGCAUUUGAAAAGGCUGAGAGCUCCUCCCUCACUCUCAUUGGCAAAUCCAAAACUAGGGAAAACCGCCAGUCUAUCAUCAACCCUGACUGGAACUUUGAGAAGAUGGGCAUUGGGGGUCUUGAUAAAGAGUUCUCUGACAUCUUCCGGCGGGCAUUUGCUUCCCGAGUGUUCCCACCUGAGAUAGUGGAGCAAAUGGGCUGCAAGCACGUUAAAGGUAUCCUCUUAUAUGGGCCCCCUGGAUGUGGUAAGACUCUUAUGGCCAGGCAGAUUGGCAAGAUGCUGAACGCCAGAGAGCCCAAAAUAGUGAAUGGGCCUGAAAUCCUCAACAAAUAUGUCGGUGAAUCAGAGGCCAACAUCCGCAAGCUCUUUGCUGAUGCAGAAGAGGAACAGAAGAGGCUUGGCGCAAACAGCGGUGUCCACAUCAUAAUCUUUGAUGAAAUUGAUGCCAUCUGCAAACAACGAGGGAGCAUGGCAGGCAGCACUGGCGUCCAUGACACUGUUGUAAACCAGCUCCUGUCGAAAAUUGAUGGGGUUGAGCAGCUGAACAACAUCUUGGUCAUUGGUAUGACCAACAGACCAGACCUCAUAGACGAGGCUCUCCUGCGCCCUGGACGACUGGAGGUGAAAAUGGAAAUUGGUUUGCCUGAUGAAAAGGGCCGAAUGCAGAUUCUCAACAUCCACACAGCAAGGAUGAGGACUCACCAGCUGCUGGCUCAUGAUGUUGACAUUACAGAGCUGGCAGUGGAGACCAAGAAUUUCAGUGGUGCUGAGCUGGAGGGUCUCGUUCGUGCAGCACAGUCCACUGCGAUGAACAGGCAUAUCAAGGCCACCACCAAAGUGGAAGUUGAUAUGGAGAAAGCAGAAUCCCUUCUGGUGACAAGGGGAGACUUCAUGACAUCUCUGGAGAAUGAUAUCAAACCAGCAUUUGGGACCAAUCAAGAAGAUUAUGCAAGUUACAUCAUGAAUGGCAUCAUCAAAUGGGGUGACCCUGUCACCCGGGUGCUGGAUGAUGGAGAGCUUCUUGUUCAACAGGCCAAAAACAGUGACCGUACUCCCCUGGUCAGCGUUCUUUUGGAAGGACCACCACACAGUGGAAAGACAGCUCUAGCUGCAAAGAUUUCAGAAGAAUCUAAUUUCCCCUUUAUCAAGAUCUGCUCUCCCGAUAAGAUGAUCGGCUUUUCGGAAACUGCCAAGUGCCAGGCUAUGAAGAAGAUCUUUGAUGAUGCUUACAAGUCGCAGCUCAGCUGUGUGGUGGUGGACGACAUUGAAAGGCUCCUAGAUUAUGUCCCAAUUGGGCCACGGUUCUCCAACCUGGUGUUACAAGCUCUUCUGGUAUUACUGAAGAAGGCACCACCUCAUGGUCGCAAGCUCUUGAUCAUUGGGACCACCAGUCGCAAGGACGUCCUUCAGGAGAUGGAGAUGCUGGAUGCUUUCAGCACUACUGUCCAUGUUCCUAACAUUGCUACAGGAGAUCAUCUCAUGGAGGCCCUGGAGCUCCUGAGCAGCUUCACAGACAAGGAACGCAGCACCAUUGCCCAGAAUGUCAAAGGAAGGAAGGUCUGGAUUGGGAUCAAGAAGCUCCUGAUGUUGAUUGAGAUGUCAUUACAGAUGGAUCCAGAAUACCGUGUGAGAAAAUUCCUGGCACUUCUAAGAGAAGAAGGAGCUAGUCCGCUGGACUAAGAGCGAAGCAGGGACCACGUGCAGAAGCCAGUGGCUGGGGAAGCUGCCAAGCAGGAGACCACACCACCAGGAUCAUCUUCUUCUCCUCUUCCUCUUCCUCCAUGUGGCGUGUCCGGACAAGAGUGCAGUGUUUGGGUCCCUUCGGAGACUUUCCCCAUCCCACUUCUUUGCAUGUCGGAAGCAACCAAGCACUCAGCCCUUCAUACUCUGUUGUUAAUAUCCUGGUGUCUUGUGGCAAAUUGAGUCUCUUCUAGAGUAACUGUGCUUUCGUAUUAUGCUGCCUGCUGCAUCCACUCACUUGAUAUUGGCUCACAGGGGGAGGAGUGCAGAUGUGCCACAUACAGACCUGUAAAUGCUGAUACAAAGAUCAUCCCAGACAUGGGCAAGUCCUCCUCCUCCUCCUCCUCCUCCACCCUUGCAAUCCAAAAUGCAAGGUGGAUUGAGGUUUGUAGUGUUGGCUUCUCUUGAUAGCCAGUGAUACUCACUCCCUGCCCCCCAACUAAGCAGUGGUUUGCUCCUUGGAGGUCUGUCCUGUAUCGGGGAGCUUCAGACUCCUUCCAAGACACCUGGUAAUUACACUGUUAAAUGCCACAUCUAGUUUCAGAACCACCAAAAUCCAGAGAGAGGAUCUUCUGCAUGAAUUUUUAGACAAGAGGGACUAUUGUGGUGGUGACCCUUGAAGGCUCAGCAAUGGUUGUAGCCAGUUUACUUCCAGUGAUGGUUGCCCACUGGAUGCAGCAGCACCAGCAAUGGACUCCUGAUGUCUUUGUGGCUUCUAUAAACCAGAUAGAGUGGGCUUGCCUUUUGAGGCAGACUUCUUCAGAUGCCGGUGGAACUUCAGAUAUGCUUUCCUUCUGUUGUAUUGGACUCUCUUGGUGGAAUCCAACUUCUCUCAUGUAAGGGCAUGUCCCAAGAUCUAAUUUAGGGGUCAAGAGUGCAGUUUUCACAGUGUAUAGGUUCAGGGUGCAUCUGCUCUUUAGGCUCCCCCCCACAAAAUAAAGUGUUGACUUUAUUACUUAAAGUGGUGUUGACGCUGUGCUUUCCAGGAUAGUGAUGUCCUAUGAGGAAACAGCUAACUUGUCUUUCCCAGGGAUACUUCCUGUGAUUUCUGCCACACACUGCUGUGCUGAACCAGUGAGUGCCCAGGCAUGCCAGAUCACUUGUUUCUAAUCAGUCCAUCGUUUUUCCUUGAGAAGCCCUCUAAGCAGCUUGCCUGAGCUUCAUGGUAUAUAUUAUGUUAGAGGCAGUCUAGCUAUUAUACCCCAGUUCCUGUGAUCAAUUCCCCACCGCAACCUGGCUGUGUUUUUAGUAGAACUUUCUACCUGAAUCCUGCCCAUCACAUAAAUGGAGUUCCCUCCCCACUACCUGUCAGUGAUUGCCUGGUGGGGGUGUGGGAACUACAUGAUAGGAUUCACAUGGUGGCAAAUUCUGCUAAACCAGCUAACUAUAGUGAUCAUGCUCUCUCUAGGAAGUGUCAAGACGAAGCCAGCUUAUCUUUGUGAAGGACAAUAUGCUGUGUGGCCCUAAGUAGUUGCCCACCCUACUGCCAGUGUGAAGUAGUUGGGCCUAUCCCUCCUCAUCUCUCCAAGAUGCUAAAACUGGGCAUUGGAGAGCAGCGGUUGACUUUCUCCAACCCUGUGCAGCAAAAGACAAACUAUUAUGUUAGAUGCUGCCGUGGUGUACUUGAAUCACAACUUGAUCAAUUUCCUUUAUGUGAAUUAGCAACUUUUUUUCUUUAGCUAUGUUUUCCCCAUUAUUUAUUUAUUAUUAUUAUUUGGUUAGUGAUAUUAAGGAUUUUGUGAAUCCCAGGUGAACCUGCGAGAUUCCUCCUUUGCUAGGGCAAGUGACUGGGCUGCUUUCAGCUGCAUCUCUUUUCUGCCCCACCCGGCUCCAUUCUUCUUUUUUUCUUUUCUCCCAAUCGUUCAUCUUUCAGUGAAAGCAAACACUCAUGAUGUUGUAUUUAACUUAAUGUCUUGGAUCAAAUGAUGUAAACAUUUUUAUUGUGGUUUUUGUCCAAAGCUAUAUUGAGAGAUACAAAUACAAAUAUAUAUAUAUAUAUAUUGACUGAUUGUAUGGCUAAAAUGCAGACGAAUUGAUGCAAUUAAAAAAAAAAGACACAGAUACUUAAACUGCA